AUGAACGGCGCUAAAGACCAAUGGGAAGCCUGGAAAUGGACCAAUGGCUAUGCAGAUCCAAAAUGGACCAAUCCUGGACUCGAAGGGGGCUAUAAAUGGGGGGAGUUCGAUGCAGCCCUGGAGCGCACACACGAGCAGGAAUCCAGCCGUGGCCGCUUCCGCAGCACAGCGCAGCUGGUCUGCGACUUCAUCAGGAGCAUUCGGCAGGAAGAGACCAGCACCAUGGGCACUGGGCUCAGAGCUCACUCCGAGCUCCUCCAUCAUGAGACCAGUGCCGCCCUGCUGGAUUUGCUCCUGGAGAACGGUGCUGCCAGGCCAGAACAAGUGCCCGCCAUGGUGAGGUACAUUCACCGAUGGCUCACGGCCAAUGAUUCUGCCGAGCACAGGCUGGACAAGGCCCUGCUGAAUGUCACCAGAGCACACCCGGAUGACGCAGUGGUGACGCUCCUGCGUGUGGCCCCGUCCUGUGACAGAGCUGCCAUCUCCAUGUGGAAGACCAUCAUGUGCUCGUCCAGGACUGCGGAGCCAGUGCAGCUGAUCCUCCUGGACGUGCUGGGGAGCUGGCCAGAGCGCAGCACGUGCACCUCCGAUGGGGACAUUACGGGUGUCUUUGGCCUGGCUGCAACCGUGGUGAUGUGGAAGAUGCUCCAGGAGCCCCCUGUCCCACGUGUAGUGAGGUCGUAUUUCCCCCGCCUAUUUGUGCAUCUGCUCUUCCAAGUCUUCUUCAGCACAGAAGAGAUGCCAGAGGAGGUCAAUACCUUCUGGAAGGAAUGCCUGGAAGAGCACGGCCUUGCCACCAGCCCCAACAGGUGCUCCAUGCCACUCCUCCUGUCCCUGCCACGUGGCCUGCCAAGGAGCCAGUGCUGCCAGUGUGACCUGGGCUUUGCUGUGCACACAGGUUUGCAGUGCACACCCUGA